AUGGGAGAAAAUAGCAGUGAAGUCAAGGAGUAUGACACUGAACAGCCCCUAGACGCGGAUAUGGCAAGUCCAACUAACGGGAGCAGCGGGGCUGUCAACUCUGACGAAGAUGUUGGUGAAAGUGAGCCUGGAGAAGCCGCAACUCAAGACGAGAAUGGGCUAUCGGAGGUUCAAGAGGAGGAAAUGCAAGUUGGGCAAUAUAGCAAAAAUCGCACGGAUAAAGACGUUCUCGUUGCGAAGCUGCUGUGCAGAUGGUGGUACGUCCUGCCUGACUGGCCACCCAAAGACUACAACUAUCACGAACAACUUCAGAAGAACAUGCUGAAAUGUUACCCUGUGAAGGAGUUCGAAGACCGCGAAAAUGUUGAUUCGAACGGUUACAGGAAGUGCUAUCAAUUAUCUGCAUUUCCCGGUGUGUUCAGAGACUUCAAGGGUGUAGCUUAUGACCUGCGCCCACUUGAAGGCAAACCGUGCUACAAUAACAUGAUACAAAAAAGCGAAGCGGAACUCAGAUCGUUAAUUAAAAAGGCGAUAAAAAACCAAAUUGCCAAAUUGUCGUCAUCCCCACGCGACGAAGCGGCUCUCAUUAAGAGUUUGAAAGAGGUUUGA